AUGGCUAGCUUAACCAUAGCAGCACAAGUUAUCGACGGUACUCUCACCGCAGACCAAUCUGCUCUUCUUGCUCUCAAAGCCCAUAUCACUAGCGACCCUCAUAACAUGAUCUUGACCAACUGGUCAACCACCACCCCCAUUUGCAAUUGGGCUGGCGUUACUUGUGGUGUACGCCAUCUUAGAGCCGCAGCCUUGAACCUCUCUUACUCUGGUCUUGUGGGCACUAUUCCUCCGCAGCUAGGCAACCUGUCAUUUCUUGUUCAUCUCGACUUGAGAAAUAACAGCUUUCAUGGUCAUUUGCCCGAGGAAUUGGCUCAUCUGCGCCGGUUGAAGUUCAUCGACUUGGGAAACAACAAAUUUAUGGGAGCCAUUCCGUCGUGGUUCGGGUCUUUAUCCAAACUUCAAAGCUUCACUUUGAGAGGUAAUCAGUUUUCGGGUUCAAUACCCUCUGCAAUUUUCAACUUGUCUGCACUGCAAGUCGUUGAUAUGAAUUAUAACCAGCUAGCAGGUACGGACUAG